GAAAGAAAAAGGUAAAAACAUGGCCAACAGAAUUUGACAAAACUUCAACUCUGCACCCUCCAUAACUUCCACUGUUCCACACAUUCCUCAAUCCUCCUACUCUCCGUCUCUAUCGGAUUCAGAGGAAAUGUGUCCGCUGAGGCUGAUUCUGAUAUUUCUCUCCGCCACGCUGGCCGGCUUCUUCGUCCUCAGAAACCUCAAGUCAGAGCAGCCCCACCUAGUCGUCCAUACCGAUACCGACGAAAACGACGCCGUUAAGGAUCCCAAUGCAAGCAAGGUGAGCAAGGCGUUCUGGACCUGUGUCGACAUGGCCAGUGGUCGCUACCUCUGGAGGCAUUUGGUCUCUCCGUCUUCCAAGCGCUCCGAUUGAUCUCUUCCAAACCCACUACUGUUGUACUGUUUUGUAAGUACAAGGCUGAACCGUGAAAUUGCCUUUGUGAUGUUGAAUGUGUGAUCUUAGAAUCAUUUCAAAAAAAACACCCAUGUUGUUGUUGUUGUUGUUAAUGUUGUAUUGCUAAUGUUGUUGGUGAAUUUGUUGUCAAAAUUUACCCUAUACUCUUGUAUAGAUUUAUGGUCGGUUGUGUUUAUUAAGAACUCCGUCGGUCUUUCUCUUAAAUUAUGUGACAAUAAAGAAAUUUUAAUUGGUGGGGUGGAAGCAACCCUGCAAUUACUUA